ACAUACAUACAUACAUAUAUACGUGUAUGAAGCACUUCCCUUCAUAAACAAGGACAAUUUUAAAAAAGUACCUGGCACACGUUUAAUGAAUCCACGCUUCUCUACCUCUGUAUCAUGGUCAUGCAACCGCCUUUACUUAUCCGCGUGUGUUGUUUAUCUGAACUAUCAUCUACCCUGGUUCAAUAUAAGCUGAUUUUCUAAAGAAGAAACGGAACACUUUGCAGUUUAUGGCUAUGUAGAUCUUCUGCAAGGGCCUGAUGACCUUAGUUAGACGUAACGGUGUUUGCAAGGUUCUUGUAUUUCUUUUUCUUCUAAUAGCCCACAUAGCCCCAAGUUAUCAUUAUCAGUUUUACGAGACGUUGACAAACAAAGGCAGUUCCCCUACGAUUGGAAUAAACCUCAGACUUGACGAUCAAAGGAAUAAGUCCUCGACGAUCCUUCGGACAGCGAAAACAUUGGAUUAUAUACAAGAUUCUUCAGAAAAGGAAGCAGAUACUACUACAUACUUAAACGGAAGUAAAUCGAGUAUUAAGGAUCUUAAAACAGGCAGCGUCGACAGUGAAUUGAAUGUAAAUAAGGUGGAGAUAUCUGACAAAACCCCGAAUAAUAGAAAUGUUGGUGGGCUUAAUAAGGAACAAGAGCGGCAUAAUACAUACCCAGAAGAAAAUAACGUCGGUAUUAUUGGUAACGAUAAGCCGUAUAACAAUGGCGGCAUUUUUUCACGCAAACGCCUUACCACUAGAAUCAAAAAGAGGGCUCUCAUCAACCCACAUGUUAUUGAUACACUUAGGUAUAAAUCUAAAGAUCUGGCCGCGGUCCAGAAGGAAAACCAACAUUUUAGAGUGUCUCCAACAGACAUUAAACACCAAAUAGAUGUUACAGGAAUUUACAAUGAUAUUUCAUCUGUACCAACUCGUUCAGCAAUACAGUCAAAUGUAUUGGACAGACCCCUACCCUUCGUAAAACCCGUUUUUACUCUUCCUGUGAUACCGAAACCAACAAAAGGAUUGGAGAAAACCGAUUUUCCAGCCUUGCCGUAUCUGAAAAAGGGAUUUUACAGCAACAACUACAAGCAUAGACGACGUCAUCGACACAACUUUAAACGACGUUUGGUUUUUAAAAAUCACUAUUUACAUGGGAAAAAAUUAGAACAUUGGGUUAAAGCGGCUGACAGAAGGCAGCGAGCUAAAACUGCGCAUCAUGUAUUAGCUGACCACUUCAGAAGCAGCGGUCACCUCAAGACGGUCCACAUUUACAAAAACAACGAAACACACGAUAUUGCAGAGGAGAGUAUUACAGGCAACGGAAGAGUGAACAGUACAAACAACAAACUGGGGUACAACUACAGAACUUGGGCCCACAAUUUUCCUCUUCAUGGCACACAAAGUGACGAUGGUGUUGACAAUGUGAAUAAAAAGCCGGUUAACGUCGGUGCUAAUGGUAUGAGUGUGUUACCGGCCCACAAUGUAAACACCUUGUAUUCUUCAUCAAGUAAACUAUAUAUUCACGCAGGUGGUGACACCAAAUCAAAAUCUCAGUGGUUCCUAACGAACGAUUCUUCUUCUUCUUCUUCUUCGUCCUCCUCCUCCCCUUCGUCUCUUUCUUCCUCUUCUUUUAAUUCUUCAUCAGCAUCAUUAUUCCCUUUGUAUUCGAGCCAGCUCUUCAAUGUUGUGCCACAGUCAGACCUCACAAACUCGGGUGUUGGUAACAACCCACGAAAGUUGUUGAUACCUCACACUAGCCGGAAAAUGCCACAGGCUCUCAUAAUAGGUGUAAAAAAGGGUGGGACUCGUGCCGUGCUGGAAUUCUUACGAUUACACCCGGAUGUACGAGCACCUGGUCCUGAACCUCAUUUCUUUGACCGACACUACCACAACGGAUUAGAAUGGUACAGAAGUUUAAUGCCAAGGUCUGAAGAAGGUCAACUCACCAUCGAGAAAACACCGAGUUAUUUCAUAACGAAAGAUGUUCCUAGAAGAGUGUAUCAGUUCUCUAAACACCUCAAGUUGAUUGUGGUAGUGAGGGACCCCGUUACUCGGGCUAUAUCUGACUACACACAGGUGGCCAGCAAGAAGAUGGAUUCGCGUAGCUUCGAGGAAAUGGUGUUUGUUGAUAACACCAGCCGUAUUGUCGACACUCAGUGGAGUCCUGUCCGUAUAGGAGUCUAUGCUAAACACCUGAAACAUUGGCUUCAGUAUUUCCCUCUGGAACAAAUGCACUUCGUGAGUGGUGAACGUCUUAUUGAAAACCCUGCUGAUGAGAUGUUAAAAGUGCAACAGUUUUUGGGGCUCAGACCUGUUAUAAACCACAGACAUUUUUACCUGAAAUCCAGGAAAGGAUUUCCUUGUAUCCUCAAACCUAACAGACAAAAAGGUAGCCACCCUCACUGCUUAGGUGAAACUAAAGGGCGUAUUCACCCCAUGAUUGAUCCUUCAGUGAUACGGAGGCUUAGGGAUUUUUAUAAGCCCUUCAAUAUAAAGUUUUAUCGCAUGGUUAAUCAAGAUUUUGGAUGGGUAUGAAAUGUCUAAAUAUGUGAUUUAUAGAGUGAAAAAAUAUAAGCGAAUUUUUUAAACACAAAUUUACAGCUUCUUCCAUACAAAUAAGAAAUAAAGUAAAUUUUUA